CAAUCAGCGGUCCACUUACCUCCAAGACUACUACGAAAUCAGUUUAGCAGCAGCUCGUGCUUGCUACCUUCAGCUUUAAAUACCCACAACAGCUGUUUAGAUAGGUACCCAUGUACCUAUCACUCACCAAGUGGGUCAUGACAGACCCGUCUUUGAUACGCGACCAAGUUCGAAAGAUCUCAUUCUUUUUACAUACAACUACUUGCAACUUGCAACAAUAUCAUCUUCGACAUUUGGUAUCGCCGAUUGCCAAUCGUAAAUCUCCAUCGCGAAUAGUACGCCAAUUUACAGGAUACGCGAUUUAAACGGUGCCGGAAGAUCCUUUCUAGAUGACUUUCUAGUACGAUGACACAGCGAUGUUUACCUUCAGCUCACUACAAGGAGCGCUCUCUGAAUCAGCUUCGUCGCAAUCUAUCCUCGAGCUAGAUGGAGGAAUCAAGGUCUUGGUUGAUGUUGGCUGGGAUGAGUCCUUCGAUGUCGCAAAGCUUAGGGAACUAGAGAAACAAGUGCCAACGCUCUCUCUUAUCCUUCUUACGCAUGCCACCACAAACCAUAUAGCUGCCUAUGCUCAUUGCUGUAAACACUUUCCUCUUUUCACUCGUGUCCCGGUGUAUGCGACAUCUCCCGUCAUUGCACUCGGCCGAACCUUGCUUCAGGACCUAUACGCCUCUACUCCUCUCGCCGCCACAACAAUUCCACCUAGCUCUCUUGACGAAGUCUCGUAUACAUCACAACAGUCCUCGUCUUCCGAUAUCCUAUUGCAAGCUCCUACCCCCGAGGAAAUCGCGACAUAUUUCUCCAUAAUCCAUCCUCUUAAAUAUUCUCAACCACACCAGCCGCUCGGUUCUCCGUUCUCUCCCCCUUUGAACGGUCUUACUAUAACAGCAUAUAAUUCAGGGCGUACUCUGGGUGGUACCAUAUGGCAUAUACAACAUGGUUUAGAGUCUAUCGUAUAUGCUGUUGAUUGGAACCAGGGACGUGAAAAUGUGUUUGCCGGAGCGGCUUGGCUGGGUGGUGCUGGAGGAGGGGGUGCCGAGAUUAUUGAACAGUUGCGGAAGCCAACUGCUUUGGUUUGUAGCAGUAGAGGAGGCGAAAAGACUGCCAUCUCCGGCGGCCGGAGCAAACGAGAUGAGCAGUUGUUAAAUAAGGUGAGGUCUUGCAUUACGCGGGGAGGUACCGUUUUAAUUCCCAUCGACUCCAGCGCUCGAGUGUUGGAAUUGGCAUACUUGAUGGAUCACGCGUGGCGGGCGGAUGCAACAACCGGUGAUGGCCAGCUUCAGUCCGCCAAACUUUACCUCGCGGGUCGCAAUAUUCAUAGCACUAUGAGAUAUGCGCGUAGCAUGCUCGAGUGGAUGGACGAUAGUAUAGUCAGGGAGUUCGAGGCCGUUGUCGAUGGAACUAAGCGAGUUAAUGGUACGACAGAUGGCUCUAAAUCGAACAAAGAGGCUGGUCCGUUCGAUUUCCGAUUCCUAAAGUUACUCGAUAGAAGGGGCCAAAUCAGCAAGAUACUUGGUGGGGAGACGGGAGAGGAUAUUCCUGUUGGCAAGGUUAUCCUCGCAAGCGACUCUACACUUGAGUGGGGGUUCUCCAAAGAUGUAUUAAAGCAAAUUGCACAGGAUCCGAAGAAUAUGGUCAUCCUGACUGAGUAUCCCUCCUUGGUUUCCGAAGAGAAUCCUUCGCUAGCUCGGAGCCUGUGGACAUGGUGGAAGGAAGGUCAGGAAGGCUCCAUUGAGAGUUCCAACGGCGAAACCAGACACGAGCUCCAACUUACGGAAGCGAAGAGGCAGGCUCUUCAAGGCAACGAUCUAGCUAUAUAUCAACAGUGGCUAGCGCAGCAACGUCAACUUCAGACCACUCUUCAGAGUGGAGGAGUUAGCACUCUUGAGUCAACUGAGGAUGUCGGCGAUGAAGCUUCCGAAUCCGAAUCAGAGUCAGAAGAUUCCGAUAAUGAACAACAGGGUAGGGCUUUAAAUGUUGCGACCACGAUGGGACAGGCGAGUAGGAAAAAGGCUGCAUUAACAGACGAAGAUCUCGGCAUCAAUGUCCUGUUGAAGAAGAAGGGCGUCUACGAUUUUGACGUUAGGAAUAAAAAGGGUCGAGAUAGAAUGUUUCCGCAUCCGGUUCGUCGAAAGCGCGCCGAUGACUACGGCGAACUCAUUCGACCCGAGGACUUCCUCCGAGCGGAAGAAAGGGAUGAUAAUGAUGCACAGGAUCUAGCACAGGCAGGGAAAGACGAGGAUCAAGAAAAGCUUGGGAAGAAGCGGAAAUGGGAUAACGCUGCUGCUAAUGCCAAGAACCAAGGCUCUGGACCGUCGAAACGGCCGCAUCUCACGCGUAGCGUUACUGACGAUUUUGAAAUGGCAGCAUCCGAUGGUCCCAUUGAGGAUGAGCUCGAUGGUAUUCCCGAUGACCCAGACGAGACGAACCUUGGCCCCUCCAAGCUAGUCUUUACAAAGACAACCGUAGCAGUCAACCUCGAAGUUGAAUUCAUCGAUCUCAGCGGUAUUCACGAUAAGCGAAGCUUGCACAUGUUGAUUCCCCUGAUUCAACCCCGCAAGCUCAUCCUCAUCGGCGGCAAUAAAGGGGAAACCAUUACCCUGGCCUCGGAUUGCAAGAAGUUACUAGUUGAAGGGUCUGUUAGCAUCUACACACCAGCCGUGGGCGUACCAAUAGACGCAAGCGUGGACACGAAUGCCUGGGUGGUUAAGCUCGCCCCUACCCUCGUCAAACAGCUCAAGUGGCAGAACGUUCGCGGACUAAGCAUUGCCACGGUUACCGGCCGGCUACUGGCAAUGCACAAGGAGCUAGCAGCGCGCCAAGACGAAGACGCGGCAAACAAGCGUCUCAAAACGGGGGAGUCGAACGAACUCGCGGAAAUAAAGACGGAUACGGAAGCGCCCGUGGAACCUACGCUCGACGUCCUCCCCACGAACAUGGCGUCGGCGACUAGGUCCGUCGCCCAACCCCUACACGUCGGCGACCUGAGGCUGGCCGAUCUGAGAAAGGCUAUGCAGCAGUCAGGCCACACGGCGGAAUUUAGAGGUGAGGGUACCCUGCUGAUCGACGGGUCCGUGGUCGUGCGCAAGACUACUGCAGGCAGGAUCGACGUCGAAAGCAUCGGUCUCCCAACGGACGGCGGCCCGGCUACGCAGCUCGGCGGCACUUUCUACGCUGUCAAGAGGACUAUUUAUGAGAGCUUGGCUGUGGUUGCUGGUGCUUGAUGGGUUGGGGCUGGCUGAUUAUGAAGGGCGUGUUGGUUGGGAUGGGGGUCGAGUGAAUGUGUAUGACUAUGUAGAGUUAAAAUACUGAAUGCAUUCGAUGGGGUAGAAGCAAUUUCUUGAGGGUGUCGCCGGUUUGGUGAUUUGGGAUGCUGCUUUGUCGUGAUAAGUGAUGAUGCAAAUUCUCAGAUGGUAUGGUAUCACUCGUUCGUAGUUGAUUAGCCGGAAUGAUUCUAUAGUGCUAUACAAGAUGCCUUCGGGAC